GGCCCUGGGGCCCUGGGAAGUGGGGCAUGUUCUCACACUGUGACCUUCAGGCGACCUUCAGUGUGGCUCCUGCGCCCCGGCCACCGCGGGAGCCCGGACCAGCCCCCCUCCUGCUCCCCCUCCCCGGGGGCGGGGCAGAGCCGCUCUGGGGAGACUCGGGCCAGGGUGGCCUAGUGCCCCCCCUCGCCUGGACUCCCAGCGUGACGGGGCAAGGCCGGCCCAGCAGCCAGAGCCCCCGCCGGACCCUCAGGCCCGUGGAAUGCCCAGCUCUGGGCUGCCCUGAGCUGCUGUGGGCCCGCCCGCCGCCUCACACGCCCGCCUGCCUCGCCACCGCCAUGGAGCCCAGAGGGAAGUCAGCCGGCAGCCCCAGGCCCGACGCCAAGGCCCCCCAGGCUGCUGCUGAGGCCAGAGCCCCCCCAGCCGUGGAUGGGAAAGCCCCCUUGGCCAAACCCGGGAAGGAGGCCCCAGCGGAGAAGCGGGAGCAGCCCGCGGCCCCCGCCCCGCCUGCCAAGAAGACCCCUGCCAAGGCCGACCCCGCCCUGCUCAACAACCACAGCAACCUGAAGCCCGCUCCCGCGGCCCCCAGUGGCCCAGACGCCGCCCCGGAGCCCAAGGGUCCUGGGGACGGAGCUGAGGAGGACGAGGGCCGCGGCGGGGGCCCCGGCGGCCGCGGGCCCUGCCCCUUUGAGAACUUGACACCCCUGCUGGUGGCUGGGGGUGUCGCUGUGGCGGCGGCCGCCCUGAUUCUUGGCGUGGUCUUCCUGGCCCGGAAAAAAUGAUGCCUGGUGUCCGGGGCCAGCCCCGUGCAGACCUGGGAGCUAGUGCAUGCCGAGUUCACUGUAGCUGUCCCCCCGCGCCCUGCAGCGCCGCGCCCCGUAGGCGCCCCCAACCAGAGGGGGGCAAGGAGCCCCAGGCUCACCCGGCCGGCACCAAGGGGCCUGGCAGUCCCCAGAGCUUUCCGGGGGUCCCCCCGGGGCAGGGCUGGGUUGGACAUUAAAGGGUGUGGCUGCCUCACUCUC